UCCCUCCAUGCAAAAAAAAUUCACUUUUCGCUUGGGAAGAAUAUUGAUUUGUUUGUUAAAAUUGUACUGGAGGGCAAAUUUACGCGAUGUGUAACAAUAAUAGAACACCUGGGCCCUUAUUUGGAAGCGUAAAUUUUACAUCUGAAGAGCGCGAUGCGAUUCAGAGUGCAUUAAACCAGAAGCUUGGCCCAGAGUACAUCAGCCAAAGAGCAGGGGCCGGCGGGCAAAAGCUCGCUUAUGUAGAAGGAUGGAAACUCAUCAAUUUAGCAAAUGAAACCUUUGGUUUCAAUGGUUGGUCACAUUCAGUAACUCAUCAGAACAUAGAUUUUGUAGAUCAGGUGGCAAACAAAUACUAUGUUGGAGUUAGUGCUUUCGUGAAAGUCCAAUUAAAGGAUGGUGUGUACCAUGAAGACAUUGGUUAUGGAGUCUCAGAAGGAAUGAAAUCCAAAGCUCUGUCUCUCGAAAAAGCAAGAAAAGAAGCUGUCACAGAUGGGCUGAAAAGAGCUCUCAAGAGUUUUGGAGAAUCACUUGGCAACUGCAUUAGUGACAAGGACUACUUAAAAUUCAUUACCAAACAACCAAAAUCAGGUACUAUUCAGUAUGAUGUAAAUCUUAUGAGGAGACCUGGGAAGACAGUUGUGAGAAAAACCAAGGAAGACCAGAAUUCAUCUGAGAUGAUGAAGGAAAACUUCCCUCCUGCAGAUGGUAUUCAUGUUAACACCAAACAAGUUUAUGUUGGUUCUGCGGGAAACAAUGUUCAAUGCAAUUUCUCUAAAGGGCAAUCUUCAGAAAUGCAGACAAGGUCAGCAACAAAAGCUGAUCAUUUGAGAGUAUUAAACAAACCAAGGACACCAACAGGAGAGUGGAAUAAAUCUGAAAAAGUAUCACACUGUCCUCCACCAUUCAAGACCCCUGGAGCAGCUUCUACCCCUGCAUUGGGAACAAUUACGAAAAGCAGGACCUCUUUUGUGACCACACCCAUAGAGAUUAGGGCACAUGAAACUGAGCCAAAGGUGGAGAACUACAGUGUCGUUCCAGAAGAUGACCCUCUUCUUUGGAAUCAAUCUUUUGGUUUUGAUGAGGCACUCAUGUCUUGUAGUGAGGAAUUACUAAUGAGACCCUCAGAGGGCUCUAAACCUGAAAGCAGAUCUGUUCACCCACAUGAUGUGAAAGCUUCCAGCAACACCCCGAUCAAUGAAAACUUCGCGUGCACCAAACCUUUCCGACCAGACCAAAACAACACUCGCAGCUCGUGUUUCCCGAAUCAACCAGAAAAUAUUAAGAGGCGGAGAAUAGAGGGGCAUACUGUCAGGUGACCGUGAAUGGAAAAGAUAAUACCUGGAGAAGUUGUAGCGCGAAAUACAGAGUCAGAGACACAUUUAUUCGCUCGACAGAGACAGUACGGCUUUAGUUCGACCUAAGAAAAAAAUCAUUGCUGUUGACUCGCCUCGUGAGUGAUAUCUGCACUGGUUGGGUUUGGUUUAUAGUGUCAAGUAUUUUAAGAUAUUUUCCUCCAGAUAACAGUGUGUAUUUCCCUAAAGUGGAUCUUGAAAGAAAUGACGGCCACACCUCGAACAAACCAUAGUGCAUUCCUACCCGUGCAUUCUCUGUCCCAUAAUACUAUGAGGUUAUUCUUCAGUAUUGCACUGCGCGUCCU